UUUCCAAAGCCAAAAACAAUUUUUUAAAGACGUUGCUGUCAGUUUUCUGUAAAUUUGAUGAUUACAAUUCUCUUUUACCACAAAAACUAAAAUGAGAUUGGUCAAAGUGUCAAAGCAAACAUUUUCUUCAAUGCAUUGAGUCAUCAAAGGUAAGACAUGAAUGGUCCAUAACAUUUUUCAUGCCCGCUGUGGCAGUAGGCUUUAGCCUAGGAUGAUUAAGUUUAAUGAUUAAGGUUUUCAAGGUGUGCUGGGUUGUUUUCCUUUCAUUUGUACAUCUCAGCUGUCUGAUUUUAACUCAGUUAUCUUGUCUUCAUUAUGCAGAAGUUGUGCCUUGUGGUGCUUGCAAAAGUCACAACCUCUGCAUAAUGAAGACAACAUAAUAGAGUUAAAAUCAGACAGAUGAGCUACUUCACAUGCUUUAAAGUGAAGGGUGUUGCAGUGUCAGUUGUCUUUAUAUGAAUCCUGCAUUCUGGUUAAUGUGUUUACAGACAUUGCAGGGCAUAGCAUGUUUAUAAUUUGUAUUUAUCAAGGUGGCCUACCCACUUUGUCGGAUGUCCAAGAACGUAUUUCUGCCUACGCUACUGAGUGACACGUCUGCUGGGUUUUAUCACUGCUCUGAUGAAACAAAUCAAUAAAAAGUGCUUGCAGAUCCAGACUGCACUCUGAAUGAGCUCACAUGCUCGCUCGGAAAAUAUAACAGUGUAUCCAAAAAUAAAGAAAGGCUUGGGAAUCUUUUAUUCAGUGCUGCCUCCUUCCCAACCCACAUACACACACACGUGUGAUUUGGACUGCAGUUUGGUUUCACUGUUAACGGUUACUCAUGCAUUGUUGACCAUUGGGGAUUUAGGACAAAACAAAGCCUGUCUGAUGCCUGUCUCUCUCCAUACAGUUCUCAUCUGAGGAGGAACCAGACUGGAUUGGUCAGAUCUGCUAAUCUGUGUGUGUAACCAUGGCGAGGAGACAUUUCCUCUGCUUUGUUGUGCUGAUUUUCUUCUGGGCUGCUACAGCUCUCAGCAUGUCAGUCUUCUACAGCAGCCCAAAGGCUCACAUGCUGCUUCGUUCCAAAAGAGCCAACAGCUUCCUGGAGGAAAUCAAGCCAGCGUCACUAGAGCGAGAGUGUAUGGAAGAGGACUGUAAUUUUGAGGAGGCCAGAGAGAUCUUUAAGAGCAGAGAGCACACGUUGGAGUUCUGGGUGCGGUAUGCAGAAACCACAUCUCUCAACUGCUCAGAGAACAACGGUCACUGUGACCAUGAGUGCCAUGACAGGAAAGGCAAAACUGGACGUUUCUGCAGCUGCGUCCAAGGAUACCAACUCCAAGAAAACUCCAAGGAGUGCUUUCCCAAAAAUCAAGAUUCAUGUGGACAGAUUUUGAUAGCCAAGUCGACUUACAGUACUAAGCCCAGACCAAUUUUACAGCCAUGGCUUGUUGGUGGUGAAGUUGGCAGAAGAGGAGAGAGUCCCUGGCAGGUUCUCAUACUGAAUGCCAGGGGAGCUUUUCACUGUGGGGGCGUCUUGAUCGAUGAAAGCUGGAUCCUCACUGCUGCCCACUGUCUGGAGAAAAACUCGCGCUUCAGCGUCAGACUAGGUGACUAUUUGCGAUUUAAAAAGGAAGACAGUGAAGUUACUAUCCCUGUGUCCAAAGUCAUCUCCCAUCCAAAGUACAACUCUGUGACGGUGGACAACGAUAUAGCCCUGCUGCGCUUGGCCUCUCCGGUGAAAUUCAGCACUUACAUCUUGCCAGCGUGCCUCCCGAGCCGCAGCCUGGCCGAGCGCGUGCUCCACCUCAACGGAACCCAAACAGUAGUGACUGGAUGGGGCAAACAAAACGAGACGGUGUCCGAGUACAGCAAGGCUCUCGGCUUCAUCCACAUCCCCCUGGUGGAGCAUGCAGAAUGCGCCCACCACAUGGUCAACACCCUGACCCAGAACAUGCUGUGCGCCGGGACAAUAGGGAAGGUCACAGACGCCUGCGAGGGAGACAGCGGCGGCCCCAUGAUGACCCAGUACCACAACACGUGGUUCCUCAUAGGCAUCGUGUCGUGGGGCGAGGGAUGCGGGCGCACAGACAAACUGGGCAUCUACACCAAAGUCUCCAAUUAUCUGGAGUGGAUAGACAGCGUCCGGCAGGAAGCAACGAGUCCUUGAUCCAUUGUCACCUUGUGGUAACAGGAGAGGGCUGCACAAUAUAUCAACGAUUAAUCAUUAAUGCAUCACUGGCCAGUGCAAUACUGAUAUAACUGGUUGCUGCAGUAUGCAAAUGAGCCGACCAAUCACAGUAUUUUUUAUUGUGUACGGUGAUCAUCCUGACCAAUCACAGUUCCAGAUGAGUAUUUCUGUGGGUGUUUUGAUGAAUCAAAGGGUUUAUGUAAUCCAACAAAAAUCAAAUAUCAUAUCAAAAUACAUAUGGACCAUAUGUACUGUUAACUGUGACAAUUUCAUAAAACCUAUUUUGAUGACAAAUGUCCUAUCAUCAGUAUUUGCUCUUAAAACAUGAGCUUAAAAGCGUCAUGUAUUUCAUUAUUCUGCAUUUCAAAGAAUGGAAAACCACUAGUUCAGAACACAUUAAUUCAGCAUGUAAUAAACGCUCUUUAUUUAUUAAUCCAGAUAACAAUAAUAAUGUUGGAUACAACAAUAUUAUUAGGCUAUAGUACAUUCAUUUUUUUGAAUCUGCAUUUCAAGCAUCACGCCUCGCACUGUUACGUGAUCAAUAAAAAGCUUUGAAAUAUGAUUUGUUAAAAACUAAUCAUUGUCACUAACCAUAUGAAAGACAUUUGGAUUUGAAAUGAUUGUUAUUAAAGUGAAUCUUUCAGCCCUUUUUUACAAUCAACCCUUAGAAGUCAAGCAAUAUUAUUAUUGUUUUGGCAAUACUACUUAAAUGUAAUUACCUAAAGCUGCACUAUGUAAAAUAUUAUAUAAGACUGAAAGGAGGAACAUUACUGAGUCAGGCUACAACAUGGUGAACGUGUGCUGCUGCGAGUCAUUUUAAAAAGUGGAAGUGUCGGGUUCGGGGGUUUUUCAGAUGCAUAUUAACAUCACACACACAGGCUCUAUGUUUAGGUCUCAAAUGCAAAAUCUUAUUAUAAUAUAAUAUAAUAUAAUAUUAUAUAUAAUUACACUGAUGAAGAUAUGAUGACAAUAAUAGAUAACUGGUUGUUUGCAGUCACAUGAUUCUGAAGAAGAGCGAAAUCCAGAUGGAGGGCAGAAAGUAAAUAGCAGAAUGGACGAGAUGGAGGUGUACAGAGCCCAUCCUGUGCUAGUUUUGAUGAUAUUACGAGAGAAAGAUAUAAACAGCAAAUCAUACCAAUUAUACCGUUUAUAUCGUUCUCUUGUAAUAUUGUCUAAAAAAGCACAGCAUUUGUUGCGAUCUUUACGCUCAGAAGAGGAGCGAUUUUUGAACUGAAUUGAUAGACUUGCCUGCUAUUGAGGCAGUAGAUAUAAGCAUCUACCUUCAGACAAUGAGACAACAAACAAAAGCAUACAUGGAGUAUGGAGAGAUACAACUUUACAAGGCUGAAGUUGGCUUCCUCAUUCCUUUUUUUAUAAUUUUUUGGGGAUUUUUACCCAAUUUUCUCCCCAAUUUAGUCGUUUCCAAUUCAACCCGCUAGUUACGACUUCCCCAAUAGUAUUACUAAUGCUAGGAAGGCGAAGACUAACACAGGCUUCCUCCGUGACCCGUGAAACCAGCCACCGCAUCUUUUCGAACUGCCGCUCACGCAACGUCAUUGGACAGCUGAACGUGCUCGGAGGAAAGCACCAAUUUUUAAUUUAUUUCCUUUGUGUGAUAGCCUGAAACGGGACUGAGGUUAAAUGACUUUUUAGCAUCCAGAAAAAUGACAAAGCCUCUGUCGUGACAUCCAUGCUGGGGAUAGCGAGCUAGCUUCUUCUUGUAGCUAGCUGAAUACCCAUAGCUGUUCAUGUGUGAUAUGGUGCCGUAAAGCGUUACGCAGUUCUUGCGAGAGGAUUCGUGCUCCUCCAAAGUUACAUAGCACUAUAGCAGGCUUUGACUUUGGCAAUGACAGAGACACGAUUCUCCCUAUUAUAAAUCAGUGCACCAUCACAAUGAUUUUGAAGCUGUUAUUCAAAUGGUGCAGCAUUUAUUAUUAUAAGACCUGUUAUAAGCACUGUCACUGCAGCACCAUUUAAGGUGGAACGGGAAAAUUCAAACAAGAAGCUGGCAUGGCAGGAUAUGUUUUUAACAUUCGCCUGUUUUUUGUAUAACUCCUAACCCUGACUUGAAUGUUAGCAGUGUUGCUUGUAGUUAUUAUUUUAAACCCAUCACCAAUAAACAAUCACAGAUGAAAUACAAUACUCCGCUCCUCACAGCCGCAGGCAAGCCAUUUUUACUUUCAUCUCCCUCAUGAACAUCAACUUCUGGUAAUCGAUAAAAGCUCAUUGUCUUUUCUCUGUUAGAUUGACUUGAACGGCCAUAAACGACACAAACUAUAGGCAUUUUGAGAGCUUUUGACAGCUUCCUGUGUGGAAAAUCACUUCCUGCCCUCCAUCUGUGGUUUGCACCACAGCAACACAGUGAUGCAGCAUCAUUUGCAAACAAUCUAUUCACUCAUAUCAGAAUACACGUUUUUGCACCGAGGUCUGCCUGAGCUCUCUUUGAAUUCUCUCACUUGAAAUCAUCAGAUUCAUCCACUCAUUGAAGGGCUUCAAAACACAACCCACAUUACAAAAUGUUCUUCUGCACAUUGCAUGCAAUUACACAUUUCCACCAGAGAGGUCUCCAAAUUCCCAAAGCUUACAUAUUGCAGCUUUAAUUAAUGCUUUGAUAUUCAGCUUCUGUUCUGUAUUGAUGGGUUUAAAUUCAAAUGACAUGUUUAAGUUUGAUUCAGUGUCAAUAAAAAUAGAUGAAUUUUCUGUCCUUAACAUGAAACUGUACACACGACAGUAACUCUUCAUUAAAUUCAAAUCAUGAUAAAAUGUUUCCUCUUCGACCAACAAAUACAACUGUGAUAUGGACUGAAAGUUUACAAUCUGCACUUUCCAUACAAUGUCUAUUAGUUUCUAGGAGCUACAAGCGAACAACAACAGCAAUCACUGACUUCUAAGGAUAAUGGAAGUUCCUGAGCAUGGAUACAAGUACUGGAGAGAUUCCUUGAGAACUGAGCAGCACCACGAUUUAAGACUGCUUAUAGUGCUUUGUGGUUGAUGGGACAAAUGUGAAAAAAUAAUAAAAUAAAUUCUUUUCUAUGA